CUAACCUGCGACGCCAGUGUUCCGAGACGAGCCGCAAUGAGAUUACACGCGUGUAUAUUGGCCCUGUGCGUGUUGCUGCAUCAGGCGCGCGCAGCAUCCAUUAACGUGCCGGAGAAAAAACUUGACGAUCUAGAUAACGUUGAUCUCGACACUGACACGGACCUGGAGCAGCCCAGCGUGUUGGACCUCGACAACAACCUGAGGAAAAACGCUGUCGACAUACCUGUCAAAGUUGUUCAAGAGUCUAAUGUGAAAUUAGACGAAAACUCCAACGAUUAUAUUCCCAGCGAGAAUGACAACACUAAUAUUAAGAGGCUGGAGAUCGACCUCCAAAAUCCCGGACUUCCACAGCGACAGGAACAUGAAACACAAAACCCAGAGAGUUACGGCGAUAAGGAAAAGGCAAUAUUCGCAAUAAGACAAAGUAUGGAUGAGACUCAGAACAUAUUCAACGAGGGACUCAAAAGUGUCUCCAAUAGCUUCAAAACUUUGUUCGCUGAAAACGAAGACUUGCCAGCCAUUCAACAAAACAUCCAGAAUUUAAGACAGACCUUCACAAGUCAAAUCGAAAAACUUAACACGACCAUCAGAUCCUAUUUAAACCCUAAUCCUAAUUUAGAGGUUGUAGAGUCUGGGCUCCGAAAUUUGGAAAAUAAUUUUAAAUCAGGUGUUGAUACUUUAACUGAAGGAGUGGAAGUACUAUCGAUAUUGAGAGAAGAAGACGAGGCUGCAAGGGAAGAGGCCGUUGCGGAACAAGCCGCGAGUCCAGCAUCGGAAGCACCUGCAUCUCAGAGUCCCGCAGUUCCAGCCGCCAGCAGCCCAGCUCCAAAUCCUUCACAAAUUACACAACCUGUUCUAAACUUCAUACAAGGGUUCCAACAGGGUAUCCUUAAUGCGUUUACUAACAUAAAUAACGCCGUGCAGAAUACCUUGUCUGGCAACUCACAACCCUCUAGCUCUCAAUCCCCAGUUGUUGGCCCUUUUGUUAAUUUCUGGAAUGGAAUUACUGGGUCUAAUGUCGCCCAAGGACAAACAACAGCCAAUCAAGCGAAUGCCAAUGGAUCACCGGCUCCACCAGCUGGUGCACAGAGUGACGUCAUCCCUGCCCCACCUGCACCUACACCCGCUCCGUGGAGCCCUGGAGCGUUAUUCCAGCAAGUACAGAAUUCAUUCCAAAAUUUAAUAAACCCACAACAAAACCAGCAGCAGAACCAACCACAACCAGCAAGCCCUGGACCGAUUACACAGGCCAUUCAAAACAUAGUCCAGUUCAUCAGGCCUGGUCAAAAUAAUGCACAGCAAACCCAGCAGCCAGCUCCAGCUGCAAAUCCUAAUAAAGGUUCACAGAACGCCGUGCCGGAAGCGAGUAACGUCGCUCCAGCAAACCCAGAUCCGGCGAACCCAGCACCUGUAAACCCAGCUCCCGCUGCAGCAGAGCCAGUUAAAGCACAACCCGUACAGCCAGCAGUCUCGUCUGCAGGACCCAUACAGCAACUAGUACAAAAUAAUCCCAUCAUUAAAGGAAUCCAAAGCGCAGUUCAAAGAAUACAGAAUCCUAGUGCUGACACUCCAAGAAAUGAAGAAAUUAAAGAUGAUCAGAUAGACAACAAUGUUGAAACCAAAGGCCAUGGCGGCGGUAGCAACCAACAAAGCGAUAAUAAGUACAGUGGCAGGGUAGGAGUAUUACCCGAAUCGGAAGGGAUCCAACAAGGAGUCAUUCCCGCAAAAAAUGAGAAGGAAAUUGCUGAGAAAGUUGCGGAAGAAAACGUCCCAUCGAUUUCUGAUAAGACUGAUUGAGCAGUGUGAUACAACUGAUUAGUUUAAACAAGUUAUUUAUUUAAGUAUUUAUGUAAAUAAACCGAUAAUAUUUCAUUUAUUAAAGAAAUAAAUGAAGUAACUUUUUAA